UGCGAAUAGCAGAGGAAUUUCAGACUGGAACAAGCAAGUUAUAGCAAAAGCCAUAGGCGAGUCCAGCAAGCGAAGGAGAGGAACGUUACUUUAUAAGAAAAAGGAGGAAGUUGGGAGGGGUUGUUCUGAAGGAGCAUCCUUUGGUGGAAAUGGAGAGUUCAGAGUGGUGACAGUUUCUCACUGGCUGAGCUGCUUGGCAGGAGGAACAGGAGGAACUCUUCUUCUUCCUGUUGGGGUGGUAAUUGGCAGGCCCUCCCGUGGGUCUGUAAGUAGGUGGAGUCUAGUGUGGAGGGCUCCCCACUCCUGGCCUCCUGGCCGGGUUUUCAGUGAGGUCUCCUGGACUCUGAGUCCCAGGUUCCUCCGUGUUGUACCAUGUGUCAGAACCUCCUUCCUUUUUGUGGCUGGGCGCCACUCCGUCUCAGGUCUCCCGUGGUGUUAAGGCACCAGAUUUCUUUACUCUGCAUCACUCAUGGAUAUCUGGGCUGUUUCUAUGUUUGGGCUACUAUGAAUAAUGCCGGAGGAAUGUUUACGUGCGAUUUUCACCUUCUCUUGAGUGUGCACCCAGGGGUGGGGUGGAUGAGUCCUGUGGUAAUUCUCUUUAGUUUUCUGAGGAAACUGCCAGACUUUUUCUCAGCGGCUGCACCAUUGUACCUCCCCCAGCAUGUGAGAGUUUCGGUUUCUCCACCCUCCCCAGCACUGGCGGCCUCUCUCUUUUGUGAUGCAGUCAUGCUGGUGGGCGAGAAGUGGCUUCUCACUGCGGUCUGAUUUGCAUUUCCCCGAUGGCUAGUGACUUUCACUUUUGGAUCUGGACAUUCGCUGGCCCUGCCCUUGCUCCGGAGCUCCAGGGCAGAGUGAACGCACCUCACCCGCAGGGUGGCCUCGCUUCCCUUCUGGGCCGGAGCCUGAGCGCCACGGUCACGGAGCAUGGCAUCAGCCUUUGAGAGGGUAGUCAAGAGCGUCAUCCGGGAGCUGGACCAAAGAGGGGAGCUCAUCCCAGUGGACAGCCUGCAGAGCUCCACCAGCUUCCAGCCCUACUGCCUAUUGGUCAGGAAGCCCUCGAGGUCGUGGUUCUGGAGACACCGCUACAAGUGUGUCAACCUGUCCAUCAGGGACAUCCUGGAGCCCAAUGCCCCGGAACCAGCUGUGGAACGUGGCGGCCCCUUCCACUUCCAAGACACUGUGGACGGGCAGGUGAAGGGCAGUGUGGAGCUGACAGCCCCAGGACAUGGGCGGUUGGGAGGUGGGGCCUCAGUGUCCGGCAGCUCCAGUGCCUCCAUGAACGUGUGCAGACUUCAGGUCGUCCCCAACACCUGGGUGGCCAUGCAACAAGAGCGGCGCCUGCGGCAGCCUGAGCACAAAAUCCUGCAGCAGCUACGGAAUCGUGGGGUCGAUGUGUUCGUGGUAACGGAGGUGCUGCAGACGCAGAAGGAGGUGGAGGUCACCCGGACCCACAAGCAGGAGGGCUCGGGCCAGUUUGUGUUGCCUGGAGCCGUGGGCUUGCAGGGCCAGGGCCAAGGCCACCUGAGCCAGAGGAAGACGGUCACCAUCCCCCCAGGCAGCAUCCUCGCAUUCCAAGUGGCCCAGCUGGUUAUUGGCUCUGACUGGGACGUCCUCCUCUUCCCGGGCAAGAAGCAGAGGACCUUCGAGCCGCCCCAGGCAGGCCAGAGGUCUUCCUGUGAAGACCGCAAGCCACCGCAGACUUUGGAUGUCAGCUCCAAGAGCGUGUCAGGAUUCAGGAUCGAGUCGGAUGGGUCCACCGAAGACGGGUUGGUGCCCACCCAAGACUUCCAGGGCCUGCAGAAGGAGGUGAGGGCGCAGGCCGAGGGCCUGGAGGGCUUGUGCAAGGACCUGCGUGAGCAGCUGCUGGGAGGCUUGCGGCAGGUGCUGCGGGAAGAGCUGGCCCUACAAGCCCUGGAGGAGGCGCUGGAGCAGGGCCUGUGCUGUGGGCGGGUGGAGGAGCCUCUACACGGUCCAGGGCGCGCCAUCCUUGACUGCAUGGUGCUCACCUCCGGAGUGCUGGAAAAGGACCUCGCCGGCCCCAUCUCCUACCUGCUGGGAGCACUGGCUGUGCUGAAUGAAACCCAGCACGUGCUUCUGGCCGAGCUGCUGGAGACGGGGACCCUGUUGGAGCAGUUCGAGCUGGUGAGGAGCCUUUUGGAGCAGAGCUCCCCAUGGCAGAGUUGCAAGGCUGUGUUCCUGCCACCCAAGCUCCUGGGGAGCAGUUGGGGCCCAGAGGCGCCUGCCUGGGUCCUGCUGGAGGAGUGCGGCCUAGGCCUGCAAGUGGGCGCCCCCCAGGUGUCCUGGGAGCCGCAGGCCCAGGGCUGCACGUGUGCACUCUACGCCUGCCUGGCGGUGCUGCUGAGGCUGAGCGAGCCCUGCUAGCCUGCACACCUGGGCAGCUCUCUAGGCAGAGCAGAGCUCACGCCCACCCAGCUGCCAGCCCUGGGAAGGCGAGAGCUCAGUGCAGCCAUGUGGCCAGGUCACCAUGGGGUUGGAAGUUGGGGAAAGUCAAUAAAUGUGAUGUACUAAGGAAA